AUGGCCCCAGGGCUCAGUGCUUCCCCUCCAGUUGUGAUUCUGCUCCUGUCCCUGCUGGGUCUGGCUGCUGCUGGGAAGCUCCUAGUGGUGCCAGUGGAUGGGAGCCACUGGCUCAGCAUGCGGGAAUUGCUGGACAUGCUCCAGCAGAAGGGGCACGAGGUGGUCGUGGUAGCACCUGAAGUGACUUUGCACAUCAAGCCAUCCAAGACCUUUGUAAUGAAAAAGUACCCAGUGCCAUUCACGGAGGAAGAGAUGGAUGAAGUUGUCCAAGGAUUAGUAAAGGAUGUAUUUGAAGAAGGAUCUUUUGUGGAAAGAGUUAUUAGACUUUAUCAACGGGCAAAAAAAAACUCUGCUCUGUUCCUGGCCACCUGUACACAUUUACUCCAUAACAAGGAGCUCAUCAGGUACCUUGAGGAGAGCAAGUUCGAUGCUGUCCUCACAGACCCUUUCCUACCCUGUGGGGCAAUCCUGGCAGAUUAUCUUUCCUUGCCUUCUGUGUAUUUCCUGCAGCAAAUGCCAUGUCGCUUGGAAUAUCAGUCCACCCAGUGCCCCAACCCCACUUCCUAUGUCCCCAGAGCAUUUACAGACCUUACAGACCACAUGACCUUUGUCCAGCGGGUGAAGAACCUGCUCUAUGACAUCCCAAAUUUUUUCCUCUGUGAUGUUGUCUUCCAACCUUAUGCUGAACUGGCUUCAGAAUUCCUCAAGCGGGAGGUGACCGUGCCAGAUCUUCUGAGCCAGGCUUCCAUUUGGCUCCUGAAGCUGGACUUCGUCUUGCACUUCCCAAAACCCUUGAUGCCCAACAUGGUUUUGAUUAGUGGAGUAAAUUGUGCUUACAAGAAACUCAAUCAGGUGGGUCGUGCUCUGUUUUCUCUUGUUCUUGCAGGUUUUGGAAUCUCUGGGAAGCUGAAACACAGCUUUUGUUAGAAAGGUGGAUUUCAAAUUGCCCAUGCUUUGCAGAGAGGUGCUGGUUCUGGUGUCUGUGAAGGAUUAUCAGAGUAGAAAGGUGGAGAGAGUGUUGUUUAUGGAAUUAGCUCUGGGAGACUCCCCAUUGGUCCUGUGCCCCCUGGUGCAAGGCAGCUUUGGAGUAGGCUGUUGGUGUGGUGCAAGACACACUUUGACUUUAGGAGUCAAAUCAGCCUCUGGCUGAAUUCCUCCACAAUUCUGUUUUGGUUUUGUUUUUUUUUUUUUGGUUUUUUUUUUUUUUUUUUUUUUGUUUUGUUUUGGGUU